UAAAGUGUUUUUUUAGUAACAUAUGCCUACCUUUGAUGCACUUUCAAAUAUGGUGCUAGCAUGAAAUGUGUGGCACCUGGGGUUUGAUUAGUGGUGGUUUGAGUGCAUAAAAAAGGUAAAGUCGAGGAAAAAAACACACACAAAAGGCAACAAAGGUUAUAUAACUCCAUUAAAUUAUGUUUAUGGUCUCACUUGUCAGUAUUUUGUAAUACAAAAUGGCCUCCCCAGGGUCUGUUUAUCAGUAUUUGUCACUCAUUAGUGCCUACAAAUUACCUUUGUUGGAGUCAUGCUCUCCUGCUCAUCUUGGUGUCUCAUAAAUCAGAGCUGUUGCAGUCGGUGAACUUUCACUGUCAGUGUCUGUGCUUUUCCUGCUGAUGCAUCUGGAGGUUCUAACCCCUCCCCAAAGGUCUCCAACAACUGCGACUCUGUGUUUGUGAAUGGGAAGGAAAUGAAGAGCAAAGUGGACACGAUCGUGAACUUCACCCACCAGCACUUCACCUCCCAGCUGGAGGUCACCGUCUGGGCGCCCAGACUUCCCCUGCAGAUCGAGAUCUCAGACACAGAGCUGAGCCAGAUCAAAGGCUGGAGGAUCCCGGUGGCCUCCAACAGAAGGCCCACCCGAGAGAGCGAGGACGAGGAGGACGAGGAGAAGAAGGGGCGAGGGUGCACCCUGCAGUACCAGCAUGCCACUGUGCGCGUCCUCACCCAGAUGGUGGCUGAGUCGCCUGACUUGGGCCAGCUGAGCUACAUGCUGGGCCCUGACUGGCAGUUUGACAUCACUGACCUGGUGAUGGAGUUCAUGAAGGUGGAAGAGCCGAAAAUUGCUCAGUUACAGGAUGGCAGGACCCUGGUGGGUCGGGAGCCGGGAAUCACCACCGUGCAGGUAUGGGCUGCCCACACCUUGCCACUUCCCCCAGGCCCCACCUGUGCUGGUGAAUGUCCUGGUAGGUGCUGUUGUACAA